AUGGCUACACGGGCAAAUCCGCCAAAGAAGGUCCGGCUCGCUUGUCGUCGUUGUCGCACAAGGCGAAUAAAGGUGAGACUCUCUCAUGAUCCCCGACCUGCCUUUCCUGCCUGCACGAAUUGCGCAAAAGCCGGCGAAACUUGCCUAGAUGUUGAUAGUCAGAACUCGCGUUUGUUGGUUCGCAACUUUGCGAGUGCGGCACGUGCUAGAAUUCAAUGGCUAGAGGAAAUAAUCAAACAGCGGCUACCUGACGUCGACAUAGCAGGUGGCCCGCAGAUAGACGCCUUUCCGGACCCGAAAGGAUCGGGGGUCGUCGGAGGUGGAGACCACGAUGAGGACAAUAUCUCGACAUCGUCUCCCCGGUCCGGCCGCGGAUGUAGUCAACCGGUGCCGGUGGGAGGGACUAUAGUUCUGGGGUCGCAACGACCAGGCAGUCUCAAGCGUACCGCGGAGGCCGCGGGAUCCAACGACCACGACGAAGAGUUCCCGGAUCGUGCACAUUCGGUCGCCAGGAACUUAGGGAUGUUGUCGCUCAACUCGGAUUCAGAUCAAAAGCAUUAUCUGGGAUCGAGUUCUGGUGUUCUUUUCACAAAUCUCAUUGGGGCGUCUCCCUCAAGUGCGGGCUCAACACCGGUUGCUUUGAUUGAUGACGUCCAAGCCCAGGGACCAGCAUCUGAAUGGCACGACAGAACUUCAAGGAAAGAAGAUGCCAUCAAGCUCGUACACACCUACAUUCGCUGGAUGCAUCCCGACUACCCAGUUUUAGAAGCGACAUCUCUACUCAGUGCCAUUGAUGCUCUUUCCGUUCAAGCGUUUAGGUGGAAUGGACGGCAGAUCACCCCGAGCGAUCAAGGUGUGCAAGCGGUGCCUAUGCCCGUUGUUGCUUUUACCCUCUUCAUGGUCUUCAAUAUCGCAGCUAUCAUGAAGAUCAGAUCGCGGAUCUACGAGUUUCCUCCCGAAAGGUUCUACCGUGCCGCUCUACAUUUCUCGAAAGAUUGUUUCUCGCAGAUAUCUCUGUCGUCGAUUCAAGCCUUGGUAACUCUGAUUAUACACAGCAUGUUGACCCCUGCAGAGGUUAAUCUUUUUACGCUCAUCCAUAUUGCAUUGGCGCAUUGCGUGGAACUAGGGAUUCAUAGGGAACCACCUGCGGCCAUCCAGCCAAGUAGCGAAUUUGAGAAUCAGCAAAUUAAGAGGUUGACUUUCUUCACCAUAUACUCCUUGGACAGAUCCAUAUCAUCUAUCCAAGGCCGGCCCCUUGGCUUCCGCGACGAAACAUUCGAUAUCAUGAUGCCUGAACCACAAUUAUCACGCACAGGCAAUACGAACGGCCUCAAUACGAUUCCAUCCUCCUUCUCGGAGGCUGUACUGAGAUAUGCACGACACCAGUUCGAACUCGAUAGACUGAUUUCCGACGUCAAACAACAACUUUACCAUCUGCCCUGCGACUCCUCCUGGUUUUCAAUGCCGCGAAACCCGACCGACCAACAAGAAAGAAUCAAACAAGAGCUCGUGAAUUGGUGGCGGAAGGUGUCUAAAGAAUCCUUUGAUUUCCCCGGUGUUGACAACCGACAGCGUCGCAUCUGGAAGCUGAAGCUGAAGAUCAAGUAUCACACCACGAUGGUGAUGCUCUAUCAGCCUUCACAGGUCAUUCGAAACCCUCCUCCCGAGUCUCUCCAGGUCUGCUUCAACAAUGCUUCGUCCAUUCUGCAGGACUACCAAAUGUUGCACGACAUGCAAGGUCUUCAUCAUGGAUGGCGAACGGUCCAAAACAUUUUCGCGGCUGGGGCGACGCUGAUCUAUUCUUUCUGGACGUGCCCCGUCGUCCGUCAAAGCGCGUCUACAGCCGACCUUUCCAAAAGUCUACGCGCUUGUUCGGGUCUCUUAGCAGUUGGUGGGGAAUGGUGGCCGUCUGUCAAAAGGGGACAGAGAAGUUUCGGGGCUAUUGUCGACCUCACAGUCCGCAAACUUUACACCGGCAAUAUGCCAUCAAAGAAUCCCCGACUCUUCAUGCCUCUCAGCGCCGAAGACGGAGAGACUGCGAUUGAAAACUCAGAAGGGGCACCUGUCUAUGACGCAGCUGGGCAGCAGUCUGACCUUUCUCACAUAGCGCUCAACGGGGCGGACGCACCCUGGCACCAGAUGGCGGGAGCCUCGAUGGAGCUACCGAAUGCCCACGACCCUGUACAUUGGCAGGGAGUCUAUCCCGACCCUACAUUCCAUUCAACAACGAACGACUAUGUUCCGGAGAUUGAGACUUUUCUUGCCGAUUUCGACAAGUCUGAGUUUAGCUGGAGCUUUCCUUUGACCAGCAUUAGCGAUCCCUACGACAUAGCGAACUUCCCGAACCCGGGAUAUCGAUGA